UUGCCUAAAAUCAAUUGCAGGGAAACAAGGAAAAGGAAUGAAUCACGUGGUGCUUCCAUAUAUAGGUCUCUUUAGCAUUUGUUCAAGGCAGAGGGGGAAGAUUUCUGCAGAGCACGGUAGCCCGGACUGCAGCCUUUCGGAACAGCCACUACGUGCAGAGCAAUCAUGAGUGAGACCACUAAGAGCCCCUUGGAGAGCAGCCUAAGGCAACUGAAGUGCCAUUUCACCUGGAACUUGGUAACGGGAGAAAAAUCCUUGGAUGAUUUUGAAGACAGAGUGUGCAACCAGAUUGAGUUUCAGAACAGGGAAUUCAAAGCCACAAUGUGUAACAUAUUAGCCUACGUAAAACAUCUCAGAGGCCAAAACGAGGCGGCCCUGGAAUGUUUACGGCAAGCUGAAGAGUGGAUCCAGCGCGAGCAUGCUGACCAAGCAGAAGUCAGAAGCCUGGUCACCUGGGGAAACUAUGCCUGGGUCUACUACCACCUGGGCAGACACUCAGAAGCUCAGACUUACGUAGACAAGGUGAAACAAGUAUGUGAAAAGUUUUCAAAUCCUUACAGUAUUGAGUGUCCUGAGCUUGACUGUGAAGAAGGGUGGACACGGUUAAAGUGUGGAAGAAGGCAAAAUGAAAGGGCAAAGGUGUGUUUUGAGAAGGCUCUGGAAGAGAAACCCAGUGACCCAGAAUUCUCCUCUGGACUGGCGAUCGCCAGCUACCGUCUAGAUGAACGGCCAGAGCCUCAGAACCCCAUUGACACUUUGAGACAAGCCAUUCGGCUGAAUCCCAACAACCAGUAUGUUAAAGUCCUCCUGGCUCAGAAACUUCAAAGGCUGAAUGAAGAAGAUGAAGGAGAGAGGUUAGUUGAAGAAGCUUUGGAGAAAGCCCCCAAUGCAACAGAUGUGCUUCGAGGUGCAGCAAAGCUGUAUCAAAGCAAAGGUGCCUUUGACAAAGCUAUAGAGCUGCUUAGAGAGGCUCUGGAUUACAUGCCACACAAUGCCUACUUGCAUUACCAUACUGGGUGCUCCUAUAGGGCAAAAGUCCUCCAAACACUAUAUGACGUAAAAGAUAAUGAUACAAAUGGGAAAAGAGAGAAGUUACAGGAAUUCAUAAAACAAAGUGUGGAUCACUUAAAGAUAGCUGAUGAGAACAAUGGAAAAUUCCCCCGUGUCUGCUCCUAUCUUGCCAGCCUCUAUGUGCUAGCAGAUCAGUACGAAGAAGCAGAAUAUUACUUCCAAAAAGAAUUCAGCAGAGAGCUCACUCCUGUAGCCAAACAAGUGCUCCAUCUGCGAUAUGGCAACUUCCAGCUGUUUCAAAUGAAGUGUGAAGACAAGGCCAUCCACCAUUUUAUACAGGGUGCGAAAAUAAACCAGGAAUCAAAGGAGAAAGAAAAGAUAAAAAGCAAGCUGCAGAAAAUUGCCAAAAGCAGGCUUUCUAAAAAUGGAGCAGAUUCUAAAGCUUUGCAGCUUUUGGCGUUUCUUCAGGAGCUGAAUGGAGAACCGCAGUCAGCAGAAGAAAACUCUGAGGAGGCUUUGGACUUCGGAAGCCUCGUCUCUUCAGCAUCUUUAGCUGAGGAAUGAGGAAUCAGGGUAUGGUGCCCACAGGGAUACUGCUGGAAGGGCACUGAAACCCCUCCACCAAGCUGGUAUUUACUUAACAACUGGUAUGGCACAGGCAUGGACUGAGACACUGGCUACAGUAAUCGAGUAACUCUGCUGGGCCAAGUGUUAACACUUGACUUGCUCGAGGAGUUCUGAGAGAUGGACCAGACUUGGGGGGUACUUCCUGGGGCUUGGUAAAGGAGCUGUUUCCCAAAUGACCUUUUGGGAGCAGUUUGCACCAUGACAUUCUUUUAGUUACCUUCUGUGGGGUGAUGCCUUGGGUUGUUUUUUUUCUAUGUUUAUAUAAAGCAUCCAGAUUCCUCCCAUCUGUACAUUAUGGUCUAUUUUUGCAAUGUUUUUCUUUCCUUGGAGUCAUUUUAGGUCCUAUAAAGAUUGGCCCUGUAUAGACCCUAGGGUGCUGUAUCUAUCCAAAGGUGGGGGAACCAAAGCCUAGAUAGGGCUGAGUAUCCUCUCUCUCACUUCUGCCUCCCUCCCCUUUCUCCCCAGACAGUCCUCAGUCUAGACUGUCCUAAACAACAUGAGUUCAGUUGUCCCAUUAACUGAGGUGGAACACAGUUUGAUAAAAGCAGCAGGUCAAAUCUGGAAGGAACAUAUGUCGGAGAAUCCAUGGAGUCAGGCAGUCUGCAAUACAGCAUGUGAAGAAUAAAUAAGGGGAUCCUGUACAAUAUUCUAGAGAGCAAAAUAAUACAUUUUUAUACAACUUGUAUGGGAAAAUAAAUGUAGGGGUGCAGAAAGAGUAGGCCAAAAGAGAGAAAGAGAGAGAGAGGAAUGCUGGUUUGUCAUUGCUGACUGUAAUCAUAGGGAGAAAAUGUUGUUUUCUUAGCCACUAUUAUGAAAAGUUCUUUGUAAGAUGAAGAUGUUUUCUUAAAAAAUGCCAGGUUCAACAUGAUAAGUAGCAGAACAGGGGAAUCAUUUGGUGGCUAAGGACCUAGUGAAGGGUCAUGGGAAAUGACCUCAAUAAUGGAGCUCUUCCCCGCACCCAUUCAGAUAUGUUAGGUGAUAUAAAACGUCAGUGAACCAUGAAAAUCUUCAGGGGAACCACAAAACUCAUGGCAUGUUUGGGGUGAUUAGGAUUUUCUAGGUAGAUCCUGAAUGGCCUGUGGCAUCAGUAUUUAUGAACCAAAGCAGUCAGCAGACCCAGCAUGAGACCACUGGUCAACGUCUGGGAAGCAAAAUAUUUGCCUGUGGGAAUUAAAACUUGAAUAGUAGUUACCGGGGCCUGGGAGAUGGGAGAAUCGCAGAAAUGUUUAAGGGUGCAAGCUUGCAACCAGUAAAGAAAUAAAUCCUGGAGAUCUAAUACAGUGCAUAGUGAAUACAGACCACAAUACUGUGUUAUAAUCAAACUUGCUAAAAAAGGAAAUGAUAAUUACAUGAUGGGUAGAGAGCGCUACUGCUGCAGUGGCAAUCCUAGUCACAAUAUGUAAGUGUAUCAAACCAACACGUUGUACACCUUAAAUCUGCACAAAGUUAUAUGUCAAAUAUAUUCAGUCAGUUUUUGUUAACAUUGUUCAUAAGCAAUUGAAACAUUAUAUAAAAUUCAAGUUUUUUUUAAUCAAAAA